AAAUAUUUGUGGUUAAAUAUCAACGACAUUAUUGAUAAAUUGCAAACAAAAAUAAUGAUAAUAGUUUAAUUUUAAUAAAAUUUAAUAAACGGAUAGCCCCUACUACACAAUGGCUUACACAAAUGAUAUUUUGUAAUUAAGCUUAGGUGUCAGUGAUAAAUGUAACACUUCCGUUUCUUAAAAAACACCACCACCAGCCAUACCUACAUACAACUCGCGUGAGCCGCCGCCAUCGUCAUCAAUGUCGUGAUUACUCUUGUGCUCGUUUGCUCAUUUUUUUUAAACGCCAACAACAAUAACAACUCAUCGUUUAUAAUUGACAAUGUGGUAUUUCGUGUUUCGCGAUCGUGCCUAACGAUUAGUGAUAUAUUCUAUUACAACAACUUCUACAACUAGUAGUGCUAUCUAUUAACCAACGAAUGGUUUGUUGUGUGUGUGUGUGCGUGUUUUUUUAUUGAGUGAGACAAGUGUUGAGGAACAACAAUAGCAACAAAUUGUGUGCUCAUCACCAUCACUAAUAAUAAUAAUUGGCAAGUGGUGUUGGCAGCAGCAGCAAUAACAACAACAAAAACAACAACAAUUAAGCUUCAAAUAUGAUUACCAUGAAUGAAUUGGUGGAUUUGCGUAUGCAACAGCAUAUCGCCCAUGAAAUAUAUCGUCAACAAAUCAUGCAACGAAUACCAGAUCCUUUCCCGCCAUUGAUGCACAUUCCAAUGCCCAGACAUGUGAUAAUGCCGCCCCGAAUUACCCUACCCGGUGUGGAUGUUCAAUUGCAGAAUGACGAUUUGUGGAAGCAAUUCCAUCAUAUAGGAACGGAAAUGAUCAUAACGAAAAGUGGAAGACGCAUGUUCCCUUCCAUGAGGUUGUCAUUGUCCGGUCUGGAUGAGGACACCAAUUAUUGUGUACUCUUGGAAAUGGUGCCAAUUGGCGACUGCCGCUAUAAAUUCUCCGGUUCCCAGUGGGUGCCAGCUGGCGGAGCCGAACCUCAGUCACCGCAACGCAUGUACUUGCAUCCGGAUAGUCCUGCCACUGGUGCUCACUGGCAGGCACAGCCCAUACUCUUCAAUAAAGUCAAAUUGACUAACAAUACCUUGGAUAAUAGUGGGCAAAUUGUUUUGGCCAGCAUGCACAAAUAUCAACCUCGCAUUCAUGUGAUACGUACUUCGGAUUUGGCUCAAAUUCCUUGGGCGCCUCAACAGGCUUUUGUUUUUCCGGAAACUGAAUUUGUCGCCGUCACAGCCUAUCAGAAUGAUCGCAUUACCAAACUGAAAAUCGAUAAUAAUCCUUUUGCCAAAGGCUUUCGUGAGACUGGUCAAUCGCGAUGCAAGCGUAAAAUGUCUUCAUCACCUACUGCCGAUGAGCAGUUGUUGCGGCAGCAACAUGAGAUCAUGUCGCCAACGAAAUUCUCCAUCUCAUCAGCAGUAACAGGAACAGCAGUGGCAGCAACAACAACAACAGGCACAACGACAUCAUCGUCAUCAUGCUCAUCAGCAGCGACGGCAAUCAGUGAGUCGGGAUCAUCAAUUUGUUCGGAUAAACCGGUGACGACGGCAUUCUUUAAUGAUCAUAUCAUGGUGGAUGUGGAUGCAGCAACAACAUCAGCACAAAUUAAACGUUUACGCUCAAACGAUAUUGCCGCCACAUUGGAGGCCUGCGGUAUGGAUGGUGGUGGAGGCUUUGCCAUGGCACCACCACCAUCAUCAUCAUCGCAUAACUCCUCCAUGGAAACCAGUUCCCACAACAGCAUGUCGUCACCGCUGCCUUUCGAUUAUGUUGGCAACAAUGCCGGCAAUAUAUUUCAACAGCAAGCGGCAGCAGCUGCCGCUGCAGCAAUUGCUGCUGGCCAUAGUGGUGGUGGUGUUGGUGGUGCAAGUUGUAAUGCAACAUCCGUUGCUUUCAUGCAUCAUUUCCAGCAAAAUAUGCAGUCAUUGUUGCGACCUUCACUGGUCGACUUGGCAUGCACGUAUUUUGCUCGUCCCCAGCCCAUGUAUCCACCACAACAUGCGGCCUAUGCUGCGGUGGCAGCCACACAGCAACAACAAGAAGCUGCACUACUGGCGGCCGGUUUGGCACCACAGCAACAGCAACAACAACAAGCAUUGCCGCCACCACCUGCAGUACCAGCUCUGGGGCCAUUGCCGCAACAUGUGUCUGUUGGGGGGGCCGGAGGGGGUGGUGGUGGUAGUGCUGUCGUUGAUGUAGAAUUGUUGCCAAAUCGUGUUACAGCCAUUAACUCGAAUACCACCUCGGAAAGCAUUACAAACGAUGCCGAUCUUUCCUCAUCCGAUUCAUCAUUAAUACAGGAUGAGUCGUUGCUACCAACCACACCAACACCAACCACCAUGAUGAUGAUGAUGUCUGCCACUGCCACCACCAACAACAACAACAACAGCAGCAACACCACAGGCACUUGUCCCAGCACCAAUGAUGCAUUACCCCAAUCGCCGUCAUGCAACAUUGCUCACAAUCACAAUCCGAACAACAACAGCAACAACAACAACACUAACAGCAACAAUACCCACAGCAGAAAAAAAGGUUUUAGCAUAUCGGCCAUUUUAGGUGGUGGCAGUUAG